UGGACACAAUCUACAAAGUCUUUGAUUGAAUUUACACAAUUUGCUGGAUUUGCAGCGUUGCACUUCGCACCGAAUGAGCGAGGGCGACGCCGGGCCCUUAACCUUGAAUGAGCAAUUUUUGUGGAAACAAAGGCUGCAAUCCCAAUGAGGAGAGAAAGUGUAAAAAAACGAAGAAAGCACUUUGGCCUGUGCGUGUGUGUGUUUAAUAUCAGGAAAGUCACCCAGAAACAGCACACACUAUUAAAUAACAAUUCUUCCCUUUUCAGAGUGAGAGGGCGGUGCUGAUUUUCUAGCCGGAAGUUAGCAAAAAGCAAGAGAUUCACCACCCCCGGCUUGGAGGCAGAGUCUUCCGUAUUCAUGAAUGUGGAGAGCAGGUUGCCCUUUUUUGCCGCUAUUUCAUCGCGGAGGCUCUCCUCCCCCUCUCUCUUUUAAAUAUAGUCUCCAUAGAAUCCCCUCUCCCCCACUCCAUAGCUUCUGUGGUGUUUUUUUUCUCUAACUGGGGUGGCUGGAAUUUUUUCUACAUUUAGUUUAGAGCAUAAUAUGAGAAUUUUACGCAUCCCGAACCGCUCAGUAUUUGCGUUGCUGUUUCUCUUCUCCUUGUCAUCAUCAUUCCUCUACUUCAUAUAUGUAGCGCCUGGAUUAGUAAACACUUAUCUAUUUAUGGUGCAAGCACAAGGCAUCAUGAUCAGAGAGAGUGUGAAAACGAUGGGAUCCCAAAUGUAUGAGCAAGUGGUUCGUGGUACUUAUGCCAAGAUGAACAACAGUCUUAAUGGUACAGAUUAUCCAGAUGAUUUGAAUCAUAGUGAAGCUUAUCUACAAACCACAACAUUUCUUCCAGAAGGUUUUACCUAUCACGCAAAUCUCGCUUGUCCUGAAAGACUUCCUUCUAUGAAGGGCCCAGUUGAUGUAAAUAUGACUGAAAUUUCAUUGGAAGAGAUCCAGGAAUUAUUUAGUAAGGAUCCUUACAUGCAGAUUGGUGGUCAUUGGAAGCCAAGAGAUUGCAUACCACGUUGGAAGGUGGCCAUUUUGAUCCCUUUCCGCAAUCGUCAUGAGCAUCUCCCUAUUCUGCUACGGCACCUGAUUCCAUUGCUACAGCACCAACGCUUGGAGUUUGCUUUUUAUGUCAUCGAACAGGCUGGGAUUCAUCCAUUUAACCGUGCAAUGCUCUUCAAUGUUGGAUUUUUGGAGGCUUUGAAAGAUGUGGACUGGAAUUGCAUAAUCUUUCAUGAUGUGGAUCACAUACCUGAAAAUGACCGCAACUACUAUGGUUGCGGGGAGAUGCCAAGACACUUUGCGGCCAAGUUAGAUAAAUACAUGUACCUGCUUCCUUACAAUGAAUUUUUUGGAGGAGUGAGUGGAUUAACAGUGGAACAAUUUAAGAAAAUCAAUGGAUUCCCAAAUGCAUUUUGGGGCUGGGGAGGUGAAGAUGAUGAUCUCUGGAACAGAGUGCAGUUUGCAGGCCUUACGGUAACAAGACCAGAGGGUGAUUUAGGAAAAUACAAGUCUGUUCCUCAUCAUCAUCGAGGGGAAGUGCAAUUCUUGGGAAGAUAUGCCCUACUGAGACGUUCAAAGGAGAGGCAGCAACUUGAUGGUCUGCAAAACUUGAAGUACUUUCCAAACAUCACAGUUGAAGUCUUGUAUAAAAACAUAACUGUAAACUUGACACCGGAGCUGGCUCCAGUGAGCGAUUAUUAAGUGAUAAUGGUCAUAGCAGAUUAGUGAAGGUUAGGGUCCUUUUUCAAGAAAAAAAAUUGAUGGAUAUAAAACUUUUGCUGGCUAAAAAAUCUGCAGUAACACAACACAAGACUGUGUGAUCUUGAAGAAGACAUCAAAAACUUGGUUAUACAGAGAUUGGUUCCUGUUCAAUACCAGUGCAGAAAGAGCUGAUGGAUAUGAAACAUCAGGUUUGAAAUUCAUUAUAUCAUGGACUCCAUCAGUGUAACCUCUUAUUCCCAUUUUCCCAAUUGGAUAAUAGGGCACCAACAGCCAAGUUAGAAAAGUAAGCUGAUGAAUCCAAAUAACCAUUUCUUGGUAAUGAGUCAAACUGAAUUUUAAGGCUGCAGAACUAGAUGGAAACUAUUGCAUUGCAGUGAGCAGUUGUUUUCCAAUCAAUUGAUUAAAUUAGUUGAAAUCAUACCAUUAUUUUUUUUAUUCACUAGUAAUUGUUAAUUUACUUCUAGUGAAUGAAGUUUUUUUGUAAAUAAGCUGUGAAUUGCCAGAUAUUUUUUUAUUUAUAGUCGACUAAACCACAAAGUUUACAUGUUGAGAUCAAUGAAUAUGUGUCUGCUGUUGUAUAAUUGGGCACAGAAUACUCUGGACAUUAUCCCUUUAAUUUUAAAUGCAAGGGAAUUUGAUUAGUACGUGCUCCUGUACGUAUGAUUUAAAGUGUUUUGUUUCAAUUGUCUUUACUGCUACACAUUUAUGCUGCUGAAAUCCAUGGAUUGUUCUGAGAAAGUUUGCCAUUUCAACUCUUAGCUCUAAUGUUCAACUUUAGCUUCAGUUUAUUUAGUGUAACUUUUUUAUUUGAAUCAACUAUAUUUUGCUACAAGAAAACAGUGUGUGCCAAUGAUACUGUGGCAUUUUGUUAGCAGUUGAUAAAAUGCUAGACUUAGAAGUGUUGAGUAUUGUGGCAACAUCAAAACUGCAGUGCUGAGUUUCUCCUUUUCUAUAAUGUUUUGUUUUGAGGGUCCAAAUAUCUUCUCUGAUCUGAGGCAGCUGAUAACUUUGGUUUAGCUGUCUGAAUAAAUCAGGGAUUUCUUUUGUCCUUUCUCCCAACCUGCCCCUCGUUCCCCACCACCUUAACCACCGUGUUUUUGAAGGUUAGUUUAUCAAGUUGGUGCUAAAGUCUAUUUAAAUUAAUAGCUUUUUGAAAUAUUUCUAGUAAUAGAUGUUGUAGCAGUACACUACAUUAGGGUGUGGUAGGAUAUGGAAUUAUACCUAAGAUUUUUGAGAGUUUGUGCCAAGGAUAAAUGAGGCAUUUCUCCAUGUUGGUAGAAAAUGAUGAGCCUGUCUGUGGCAUUUUAACUCUUCUGCAGGAGGUCUGUUAUGCACACCAAGAGAGAGGAUGAGCAAAAGUGAAUGUUUUUGUUAAAUAAUUGGGACCUGUAUGUAUCUGUAUAUUUUUGUAUCCAUCUUUGGUUUGCAUCUUUAAUUGUUCAUCCACCAAUGAAUGGUAGUGACAUAACACAGACCCCAUCCCCUGCAGUGAGGAGCAAUCCAUGUGAAUAAACUUCUAGGCUUUUGCUGUUAGGUCAUGAUCAGUCAGUAUGAGAGGACAUCUAAGGAUGAAAUUAUUCCUGUCCAUCGUUUUGUUUUGGCCUAAAGAUUAGUUUGAGUACAAAAUGAAAUUCUUUUGGACUCGGAUAAUUUUUUUGUUAAAAUUUUCAAGACAGAAUUUCAUUCAAUUAGACUUGUGUCCUUGAAAGGCUGUUAGCCUCAUUCACUUUAUUUGCAUUUAAAGCUGAUGUUUCACAAGAGUAUUUUGAAGAGUAUGAUGCAGGUAGAGCGUGUGGCAAUAAAGAGAAUACCGAUUGCUGUUGGUAGUGGUUUAAAAUAAUGUAUUGCUAUUUCUGAAUCCAGUAUAUUGCUUUAAAGCAGAAAAUAAGCUUAUAAUUGUAUUUCAUUUUGAUUAUAGCUAUAUGUAACUAUAUUUUGUGCUUUCCCCUCUUUCUAUUCCUCUCCACAUUCCUGCAUCCUUAUUCCUCUUCACUUUUUCCUCUUCUCCCCCUCUCUCCCUCAACCAAAACCAUCCCUUCCAAAUGGCUUUGAUGAAGCACUUAAAUAUAUACAGUUCAUGUUUUGGUGUUUUCUAUACUAUUUAAGUUUUGUGUAUUUCUAUAAAGGAGAAAAAUUUAAUUUGCAUGUCCCAACCUCCUAUAAAAAGCAUCUCAAAAAUGCAGAACACGUUGUCUGUUGGGAAUAUGCAGUAAGGCAGAGCACACUCUUACUGCUUGUGGUAAUUUCCAGUUUUAAUUUUUAGUGUGACUAUAAAGUAAUUUGAACUAAGUUUUAGAGGAUAAAUAUACUUUUCCAUAUAUUUCAUCUAAGAUUCCAUUUCCACAACAAACAUGUCCCAUGUUGUGAUAAUUCUUAGUUCCCCAUUUUGAUCACUUCUAUUGGUGCACCAGCCCCACAGUAUGCAAAUAUUUGCUGCAAAUGGUCCUGGGCAGAAAAGUUAGCAAAAGGAAGCCAGGAAUCUAAUUUUGACAGAGCACUGCAGGCGGUUGUGCAAAACACCUAAUACAAUCUUUUCUCCAAUGUUGGCAUGAAUUGUUUAUAGAAUAUUGUUUAAUUUUCUUUGUUGUAUCGUCUAGUUUUUGCAUGUUUCCAAGUAGAGCUGGACAAAUCAGCAAAGUUCUCAACCUGUGCACUGAAAAGCAUCAAAGUAUUACUUCUCACCUCAAAGCCUUCUGUCUUAUCUUUCACACGUUUGAUCAUUUGUUUAUACAUUUUUGUAUUAAUUUAUGGAUGAUUUUCAAUAAAAAGUGACA